CAAGAAAAGAAUCACAAAAAAUGUAUUUUGGUUGUAAAAAUUGAAUGCGUGUCCAAAUUUUAAGCUUUUUACACUAUUUUAAGUCCAUGUAGGGCAAAAUAACUGAAAACCAUGAGAUAUCUAAGCCUGCUUUUACCUUUCCUUUUGUUAUCAUUCGUAUCUCGCGUUCAAUUGGCAAAAUCCAACGGAAAACAACUAGUAGUGGACAAUCUAACGGAUCCAAAGGAUCUCAAGAAACUUCUCAGGACCAAAACCAACGUUUUAGUUUGUUUUUAUAAUUCAAACAAAAAAGCCCAAAAUGUCUUGAGUAUUCUUCAAGAAGUAGCCAAGAAUAUCAAAGGUGAAGGUGUAAUUGCAACUAUUAACUGUUCAGGUGAAGCAAAAAAGAUAUGUAAAAAAUAUAAAAUUCCAAGCAAUGAGUCUUAUAGUGUGAAACAUUAUAAAGAUGGAGAGUUUAACAAGGAUUAUGAUAGAAGAUACAAUGAAAAAUCGAUGACGAACUUUAUGAGAGACCCUACUGGAGAUCUACCGUGGGAGGAAGAUGAUGCUGCAAAGGAUGUUUUUCAUAUACCAGAUCCAACAGUCCUGGUAAAAUUUCUAAAGAGAGAGCCCAAGCCCAUUUUGAUCAUGUUUUACGCUCCUUGGUGCGGAUACUGUAAAUCUUUGAAACCCGAAUAUGCUCAAGCUGCUACAGAAUUGAAAGAUCACUCUGUAUUAGCGGCGGUCGAUGUUAAUAGAGCUGAAAAUGCAGUGUUGAGAACACAGUACAAUAUUAGUGGAUUUCCAACAUUAUUGUACUUUGCUAAUGGUUCGUUGAAAUUCUCGUACGAAGGUGAAAAUAAAAGAGCUGCCCUAGUGUCCUUUAUGCAGAAUCCUACGGAGCCCAAAGAAAAAGUACAAGAACCGGAAUGGUCAGAGAAAGACAAUGAAAUUGUUCAUUUAACAACAACGAACUUUGAUACAGUGCUUAAAGAUGAGGCGUCGGUGCUGAUUAUGUUCUAUGCUCCAUGGUGUGGCCACUGUAAAAAAAUGAAACCAGAAUAUGAGAAAGCAGCAUCGGAAAUGAAAAUAGCAGGGAUUCCUGGAGUUUUAGCAGCCGUAGAUGCGACAAAGGAGCCCAAUAUAGCUUCCAAUUAUAACGUGAAAGGAUACCCAACUAUACUGUAUUUUUCUUACGGCGAAAAAUUGUAUGACGUAAACGUGAGGGAAGCACAGAAAAUUGUAGAAUUUAUGAGAGAUCCUAAAGAACCUCCGCCGCCACCACCGCCAGAAAAACAUUGGAGCGAAGAAAACACCGAAGUAGUUCAUUUGAACGAUGAAAAUUUCAAGCCUUUCCUGAAGAAGAAGAAACACGUUUUAGUCAUGUUUUAUGCUCCAUGGUGCGGGCAUUGUAAGAGAGCUAAACCAGAAUUUUCUGGAGCGGCAGAACAUUUUAAAGACGAUCCUAAAGUAGAAUUCGCCGCUGUAGAUUGUACCACACAAUCGGCUGUAUGUAGCGCGUUUGACGUCAAAGGAUAUCCGACCAUCAAGUAUUUCAGCUAUUACAAUAAGGAAACAAAGCCGUAUAGUGGUGGACGCACGACUGCAGACUUUGUCCAGUAUAUGUCGAAUCCGAUGGCUAUAGCGAAUGCACCACCCGCAACACCCCCGCCACAGGAACAGUGGGUUCUCGAUCCUUCGGUCAUGAAAUUGAAUGAUAAAAAUUUCAAAAACGAACUGAAAAAGAACGGCAUUGUACUCGUAAUGUUUUACGCACCAUGGUGCGGCCACUGUAAGAAAAUGAAACCCGAUUACGUUGCAGCGGCCCAACAACUCCAAUCCGAAGGCUACGACAAGUGCAUGGCGAUUAUAGAUUGCACGGAAAACCCAGACAUAGCCGAAGAAUACAAUAUCCAAGGUUUUCCCACCAUCAAACUAUUCAAAAACGGAAAACACAUAGCGGACUACGACGGGAAACGUUCCGUAGACGACAUCAAACGAUUUGUCAGGCAGUAUUACAACAAAAAAGAUGAACUUUAAAAACCUAACCCAGAAAAAGAGAGAAAAACGAUGUCAAUUUUCAUAUUGAAAACUUUCAUAUAACAUUUCAUGUCAUGAAUCUCAAAUAAAACCUAUAUCUAUGCAUUCCG